GAUCCGGAUCCCAGACGGAGCAGAGCUUUUGACAAGGGGGAGGAAGCAAUGUCGAGGAUAUGGGGGAGAGUAGCUGGAUUGUUCAGAAGCAAGAGUUUCAUCGGAGCAGACAAGACCGGUAACAAGUACUUUUCCAGAACGGAGCAGGUUGACGGUCUGGUAAAGGAGAAAAGAUGGGUUAUCUUUAGAAGAGAAGAAGACCCAACUUCUAUUCCUGUUGAAUGGAUAUGUUGGCUCAAUGGGCAGCGAAAAAGAGCUCCUACUCCAGAGGAAAUGGCUGAACUUGAUGCAAGGCGUGAGCGUGUGAAGCUUAAUACUGCUCUUCUCAAGAAAGAAGAGGAAGAGAAGAAAGCCAGAGAAGGAACUGGGCGCAAAAUCCCGAGCAUCGGUAAAGUUGAGGGUCCCGAUUUGCCAAGCUUUAUUCGCCAUUUCCCAGCGGAUUCAAAAGGUGAUAAGACAGAGGAAGCUAGUAAAGAAGCAGAUCAACCAAGGGUCAAGGAACAUGAACCCGAGAUAGCCACUGCAGAACCACCUGAACCAAAGACAACAGAGCCAUCAGGGUCUGGAUCAUCAUUUAGGCCCGGAACAUGGCAACCACCAUCCUGAACACAUCUCAUGUUCACGUUGACAAACAACCAACUGAUUUUUUUAUGCAACCAUCUGUUUGUUGUAGUCUACAUUAAUCGAUUGGUUCGAGAUGAUUAAAAUAGCUAUUGAGCACCCUAAAGUUGUGAUUUCGGAUCCAACAUCAAUGAAAUGCCAUUUAUUUA